AUGGCUGCUCCAGGCUUUGGCUUCUCGGUUGGCGACUUCAUAUCCGGAAUACAACUGACUGGACAGGUCAUAGACGCACUCAGGACUUCAAACACGGCCCCAGCGGAGUACAAGUGUGCUUUGACUCUACUGCAGACAUUACACUGUCUUCUCCAGCAAUUCGUGGACACACCAAUCGCAGGGAACGAAGAGAGUCAAGCCCGGGCGGUGGCAUGUGCCAAAGAAGCCAUCACCUGUGUUCAGAGGUUUGCUACCAGAAUCGGUAGGCUGGAGCAUGCGCUAGGACUACCACACGAGGCGACGAGAUUGACCCUGAAGAAGAGAGUGGCCAGAGUGCCAUCGAAGCUGAAAUGGGCAUUAUGCACCAAAGAUGACCUUGCGAGCUUUACCAACACUGUUAUGCCACAUGUCUCGAUGGUCCAGCUAUAUCUUCAGAUGCAGCAAUGUUCCCCUAGGAACGUACCACAAGCGCGCAUGACAAUUCCGACAGAGACCUCAGCCGCGAUCGAGACUCAUCAGCGUCGUCUGGAGCAGGACUUAGAAGACGUCGGAAUUGAUAACGACAUAAGUCGAAAAUCCCCAGUGCUUUGCGCCCGUGCCAUCAAUAGUCACCGAGGCCCGAUAGCUACCGCUUCCUUCGGCUCGCCGGUCGGUCGCAUCAUUGUUGCAAUCCAGGUUGAUGGAAAAGGAGUCCGAGAGCUUGUUGCCACGAUUGGCACUAUUAUGAACCUUAUGUGGUCCUUGUUCGCGAAGCUGCUCGGAGCAUCUAGCUCGGUGCCAGCACGGCCCACGACGAGUCUCGAUACCGACAUUGUCGUUACUGACGCCCUAGGAAGGGUCAUUCGACUGCCUUACGAGCACUUCCAGAUAUCCUGGAUGAUGGUGUACGCUAGGCUCAGCGUAGCCUUUGAAGAUUGCCCUGGGGAACUCAAGGUGCAAGAAGGAAGCUAUGUGAUGCGUUGCGGUCAUCGUGAACCGGGUGACGAACUUGAUGCGGAUAAUUGGAAUACUGUGUCUCCGGGCGCGAAACUGUCUAUGGUGCUCGUGAUCGAGAGCGGCGAUUACAGUCCCACCGAAUGCCCGGCGUGUGGACUUGACUAUGAAGCCUUUUUAUCAACCGAUGAUGGAGAACAGUUCAUGAGAAAAUGGAUCACUUGUCUACAUACGGAUAAUUUCAUAUGUCCCCAGACUUACCAAGAUAGCACCUGGGAGUGUGAUUUCCAGCACCUCUCGAACAUGGACCACGAAUGGGAAGGUUCAAGUCAUGAAGGAGUCGAUGUUCAUGCCUUCAAGAUGGUACGACGAUUCACUCACAUCUGCCUAGAUCGCGAUAGAUGCUUCGCCAAUGCUAGGAGUCUGCGAGCACAUUGGGAAAACUCUUGUGGAGUCAUAGAGGAAGUGGACGACAUCGAUGACAGCGAUCGGGAGGAUGAAGACAACCACAGUGAGAGUGUUUCGGAUGCAGACAGUGAUUGUGCAUCAAUGACGGAUUCUGACAGCCCUGACUGA